ACAAAUUUCCGAUCUUGGUGAUUGUGUAAAUGCCUGGUUUGUGAAAUGAUAGAAUGUGACUCAAAGCAACUAACCUGAAAGAAGUCAGAAUUUAUGAGUCAUACUCAGUGCUUUUCUCCAUGGAUGUCGCGUUACUCUAGAAACGGAAGUGACAAUCUGAACCGAAGUUGUCAUUUUUUAGAGAAAAAUUAACCGAAUUUUACGUGCAUGUUUAGCUAUCUUAACUCCCUAUGCUCCGGAGCUCCAACAAUAGGAUCUUUAAUUCAACGUGUUGACGACAGAAAGAAGAAACACAUGUAGGAACUUAAUACAGGUAUUUCGAGAAUAAUAAAAGGAUGUAUGUGGGUGAAAUCGCAAAUCCAAUAAUUGCGGUCAUUUCUUUCAUCUUACCACGGGGUCAUACACUGAUAUAACGUGAAUUUAGAGCCGCUUUUUUAUACAUGGGUUACUUUAAGUUUUUGAACGAACCAUGGAUUUGGAGAUUUUAUCAUUAGUCUUCAUUCUUUGUGGAAUUAAGUUGGAGCGUUCUGUAGCACAGAUUCCGGAUUCAAAGGGAACUCUAUCAAGUGCCAGUCCAGAUAACCGCAUCGAUUGCCGAUAUCCAAUACUCGAACAACCAAUUGUUUCUGGAAAAGCGAAAGUACUAUAUAAGUGCUGCGAUGGUUGGGGUAAAACGCAUGGAAGAGAUGCCAAAUGCGUCAGACAACACUGUCCUGUUGGCUUCAAACGUGGAUAUAAUGACGGUUGUUAUAAAUUCGUGACAUCAUCGACCUCUUGGCAUGAAGCUAGGAACGCCUGUCAGAUGACGUCAGAACAAUCUAUAAAGACUAGAGUAUCUUCUGAUCUUGUUGUCAUUGACAGUAAAGAGGAAGAGAUUUUCAUCACACGGGAAAUACAUGCUACUGGAAUGUCUGCAGCUUGGAUAGGUCUAAGAGAAGUUUCGGUCGAUGGCCCGUUGAUAUGGGUGAAUGGAAGUCCACUAGACGCCUUGCGACAGAAUUUUAAACACGGAGAACCGAACGAGAACACGGACACCAGCGAUAGCUGCAUCAGCAUAGUAAAUUCAACGGACGACAACGCUAUGAAAUGGGAAGAUCGACGAUGUUCCAAUCUCAAAGGAUAUAUAUGUGAGGUUAGAAGAGCAUGCCCGCCUGGAUAUUCGCAAAAAUUUGACAGCAAUUGCUACAAAUUUGUUUUGGACGAACCUAAAGAUUGGUAUAGCGCCCGCAUGGAUUGUAAGCGGCAUAACUUUGGCGAUCUUCUGACUUUUGACCAACCAUUGGAGAUCCAGUAUUACAACUCAGCAGAAACGUUAGCUGCACCUCGGGCUUGGCCUAUGGUAUUUAUCGGUAGGCAGCUACGGUGUUGGUGA